AUGUGCGAUUUUCAGCUGGCCCUUCUGCACCUCUACCACUCGUCCUUCCAGUCGUUUGAUACCCUUACCAGUCAACCUCUCCUCCCCCACUACCCUCCCUCAAACGACUCCUCUCAGAUGGAGACCAUGCUUCAUAAGUUCGAGGAGGACCUGGAGCUGAGUAACUUCGAGCUGGCUCUUCCACACCUCUUAACCGCUUUUCCUCUCUCACAAAACCACCCCACCCCAUUCACUUUCCAGAUGGAGACGAUGCUGCGCAAGUUCGAGGAGGACCUGAAGCUGAGUAACUUCGAGCUGGCUAUGGAGACGAUGCUGCACAAGUUCGAGGAGGACCUGGAGCUGAGUAACUUCGAGCUGGCGGCGCUGAAGGCGCGGCACAUGGAGAAGGUCAGCCGGCUCAAGGUCGUGGAGGAGGAGAUCGUCAUCAGCGAGCAGCGCAACAAGAGCCUGCAGCUUGCACUGGCUGCUAUGGAGAAGGAAAUGGCUUCCUUUGAGUCUGCCAAAGUUAAGAUGAGGAAGAAGAUGGAGGAGGAACAGGCGGCCAAGACAGAAGAAGCAAUCCGGGCAGCCUUGAAAGAUAUUGAAGACGGGCAGGUGGCUCCGUUGAAGGCUGAAGUCGAGUCUCUCAGGGCAGCCUCGGAAGUUUUGACGGCUGAGCUGGCAGCUGCCCGGGCUGCCCUGGCGGCGAAAGAGGCAGAGCUGUUGGUUGCUGAGUCGGAGAAUGAGAAGGUUAGCGGGCAGCUGAGUGAAGAAGAGGCGAAUCACAAGGUGACACGUGGCGAGCUGGAGGAGGCGAGGGAAGAGGUGGAAAGGUUACGGAAAGAGGCUGCAGAUGCGGAAAAGGAACUGGAUGAGCUUAAAGCGAAACACGAGGAGUCUUCUAACGAGUUGGAGGGGCUGCAAGGGAAGCAUAAAGGGACUUGUGAGGAGCUAGAAAAGCUUAAAGAGGAGAUGGAGUCCCUUAGGAGUGAGAACAAAGAGGUAACGGAGGAGUUGGGAACGGUUAAGGGGGAGUGGGAGGCAAGGGGGAAGGAAUUAGAGGUGAUGGCGAAAGAGAAGGGGGAAAUGGAAGAGGAGAUGGAGGGUAUGAGAGGCAAGUGCGAGGAGCAAGGGCGGGAGCUGGAGCAACUGCAGCAGCUGCAUGAUAAAACGAAUAACGAGUUGCAUGAUAUGGAGGAUGGGAACGAGAAGCUGCAGAGGGAAGUGGAGGGGUUGAAGGGUGAACUGGAAGGGUUGAGAGGAGAGAAAGGGGAAGCUGAGGAGGAGAUAGGGCAGCUGAAAGCGCGGGUUGAGGAUGCGGAGGGGGAGUUGGGGAAGUUGAGAGAGAGGGGAGAGGAGAGGGAGAGGGAGAUGGUGGCGUUGGAAGGGAGGAAUGAGGAGGCGAGGAAGGAGGCGGAGGAGUGGAAGGGGAAGCAUGAGGAGUUGGGGAAGGAGUUGGAGGAGGUUAGAAGGGCGAAGGAGGAGGAGAUGCGAGAGAAGGACGAGGAAAUACGGGCGAAGGAGAAGGAUAUUCGGGAGAAGGAGGAAGUAAUACAGGCGAAGGAGGCAGCUGUUAGAGAAGCGUUGAAGGAAGCAGAGAAUUUGAGGGAGAAAGUGGCGGAGAGAGACGGGCAGGUGGGGGAGCUGGAGCAGAGAGUGGGAGAAUUACAGCAGAGGGUAGACGAGCAGGGGAAGGAGAUUGAAUGUUUGAAGGGAGCGGUGGAGGAGGAGAGGAAGGGGAAGAGGGAGGUAGAGGCGGCUUUGGCAGCGGCUACUGGGGAGGUGGGGGAACUGAGGGAGAGAGUUGAGGGGCUGGAGAAGGAGGUGGGGGAGGAGAGGACGGGGAAGAGUGUGGCGGAAGGGGCGCUUGCGGUUGCGACUGGGGAGGCGGGUGUUUUGGGGGAGAAGGUUAGGGGUUUGGAGGAGAAGGUGAGGGGGUUAGAAGAGGAGGUGGAGAGGGAGAGAGGAGGGAGGGAGGAGAGUGAGAAGGAGCUUGAGAGUGUGAGGAGGGAGAGGGAUGAAUUGGUGAAGGAGAGAGAUGAGGUGAGGAAGGAGUUAGAAGGGGUGAAAGGGGAGAGGGAGGAAUUGCAUGAGAGGAUAGAAGAGAUGGAAGGGAGGAUGGAGGAGAUGGGGAUGGGGAGGGAGGCGGCGGAAUUCGAAAAGGCGGAAACAGAGAGACUGCGGAAGGAGGAGAUUGCAGCCAGGGAGGCGGUUGAGGGUCAGUUGGCAGCAGCACAGGGAGAGCUGGAGCAGAGAGUAAAGGAGGUAGAGGAGGUGACUAAAGCGAAGGGUUUGUUGGAAGAGGAGGUGAAGCAGGUGAGGGGGGAGUUGGGGGGGAGGGAGGAGGAAUUGGGAGAGCUGAAGGGGAAGCAUGAGGUGCUGACGUCAGAGCACCAAGCGCUGAUGUCAGAGCACGCGGAGCUGAAGUCAGCAAACGAGAAGCUGACGUCAGAAUGUGCUGCGCUGGCGGCAGCACAGGCAGCGCUGGCGGUUAAGAUUGAGGAGGUGACUAUAGCGAAGGAAGGGUUGAUGAGUGAGCUUGAGGAGGAGAAGGAGGGGCGGGUAGCUGUAGCUGCUGAGCUGGCGGAAUCGUAUUCUGAUCUGGCUGGCAUCCAUGCUGAGCUGGAAGCGCUGACUGCCACGCAUGAUUCCCUGAAGAAAGAUCACGAGGCACUGAACGAGCGGUACAAUGCGAUGAAGAGCGAUUUAGAGAGUAAGUCUGGAGAGGCGGGGGGGCUGGUGGAGGAAAUAAACAAGGUGAGGGAGGAGAGGGACGAGGGGAAGAAGAGAGAGGAGGAGGGGAGGAAGAGAGAGGAGGAGGGAAAGAAGAGAGAAGAGGCUUUGACUGCUGAACUUGAGCAGGCACAAGGGACCGCUGAAGGGUUGAAAGGGGAGCUGGAAGCUUUUAAGAAAGAGAAUGGAGAGCUUAUAGGAAAGCUUGCCGCUGCGGUUGCCGACCUUGGAGCUGCCGAAGCUGCAACAGAGGCUCGGGAAGCGGAGCUGGCGGAGGUUCGGGCCGAGCUGGAAGGAGUGGCGAAAGAGAGGAGCGAGCGGGAGGAGGAAGUGGGGAAGGCGAGGGGGGAGAUUGAGGCACUGGAGAAGGAAAGGGAGGGCUUGAAGGGAGACAUUGAGCGAUUGACUCAUGAGAAAGAGGCUCUUAUUGUGAGCCAUGCUGCUGCUCUGGCUGAGGUGGUAACUGCGAAGGAGGGUGUGGAAGAAGAGGUGAAGAGAUGGCAGGAGAAGCAGGAGCAGACGGUUAAGGAGUUGGAAGGAGUGAGGGAGGAGGCGGAGGAGAGGAGGAGGGAGGCGGAGGGGAAGGAGAAGGAGCUGUUGGCUCGGGCCGUAGCUGCUGAGGUGCGGGCGGGUGAGCUGGAGCAGGCUCGGGACGAGGCUGCGGCUGUGGUUGGGGAGACCCAGGCAGCUCUGGAUGCUGCUAAUGAGGAGAUUGUGACUAUAAAGGGGGAGCUGGAGAAGAAGGAGGGGGAGAGGAAGGAGCUAGAGGAGGCUUUGGCAAAGGAGAGGGGCGAGAAGGAAGAACUGAGUGCAGAGAACGAGCGGCUCCGAGAGAAAGUGGAGACGCUUUUAGAGGGGAUGGAUGGGACCAAGCAUGGGCUGGCUGCUGAGGUGGAUGCCCAUGAAAAGACAAGGGAGGAGCUGCAUGAGACAAAAAAGACUCUUGAGGAAGUGAAAGGAGAGUUGGAGGAAGUGAGGAUGGCGUUGGAGGAGAGUGAGGAGGGGAAGAAGGAGGCUGAGGAGGAUUUGGAGGCGGCGCUUGCGGCUGAGGCUGCUGCUAGAGCGGAGGCUGCUGCUGCAUCGGCGGCAGCAGUGGCGACGGCAGCGGCUAAGGAUGGCGAGCUGGGAGAGAAAGAGCGGGAGAUGGGGCAGGUGAAAGAUGAGCUCGGGCAGGUGAAAGAUGAGCUCGGGCAGGUGAAGGGUGAUGUGGAACGGUUGACUGGGGAGGUUCGGGAGAAAGAGGAGAGGAUAGCAGGGCUUGAGGAAGAGUUGAAAGAGGCUCGGGCCAGUGCCGAGGCUAAGGAGGCUGCUGCGGCUGCGGCUGCUGCUUCUGCUGCCGCUGCCGCGGCUACUGCUGCUGCUGUGAAAGAAUCGGCGAAAAUGUCUGAAGGAGAGGCGCAGAGGAAGGUGCAAGAGCUGCUGGAAAAACUGGAGGGUCUGGAGAGGGAGAGGAGGGAGGGGGAGGAGAGGGAGGCAGGGUUGAGGGAGGAGUUGGCGGGGGCUAAGGAAGCAGAGGAGGAGGCGAGGGAGGCUGCGAGGAUGGCAGCGAGUAGAGGGAGUGAGAUGGUGGUGGCGAUGGAAGGGGAGAUGGAGGGGUUGAGAGGGAGGUUGAAGGAGCGAGAGGAGGAGGUGGAGAAGGGUAAGGAGGAGUUGGAGAAGGUGAGAGGGGAGUGGGCAGCUGAGGUAGAGCGGUUGGGGAGAGAGAAGGAGGAGGCUGUUGGGGAGGCUGAGAAGGAGAAGGAGGAGUUGCGGAGUAAGAUGGAGGAGGAGAAGGGCGUUCUAGAGGAGCAGGUGAAGCAGCUUACAGAGAGGAUGGGUGAUCUGGAGGAAGGAAGGAGUGGAUUGGAAGCAACGGGGGUGAAACUGGCUGGGAGGAUACAGGAGCUAGAGGAGGAGAGGGAUCGGUUAGAGGGGGAGAGAGAUAGAGUACAGGGAGAGAAGGAUAAGCUUGAGGAGGAGAGGGGGGAAAUGGAGGAGGAGUUGAGGAAGGAGGGGGAGAGAGUGAAAGAGCUUGAUGAGGAGUUGAGGAAGGAGAGGGAGAGAGUGAAAGAACUGGAGGAGGAGGCAGAAACAAGGGUGACAGCAGCACUGGCGUCGUCUGCUGCAGUGGCAGCGGGAGGGGAGAAGCAGAUGCGGCAGGCUUUGGCAGAGAAAGAAGCAGCUCUGGCAGGGAAAGCAGCAGCGGAAAGAGCGCAGAGAGCAGCAGAGGCAGCGGCAGCGGCAGCAGCAGCAGCGGUUGUGGCAGCAGAGGCAGCAGCAGAGGAAGCAAGGAGCCGAGAAGGAGAGGCGAAGGGGAGGGAGGAAGAGGCUCGAGUGGCAGCAGUUAACGCACAGUUGGAAGCUGGAAGGGCGAAGGAGGGUGAAGAAUUGGCUCAAGCUGAAGCCGCAGAAGCUAAGCAGGCGGCAGAGGCGGCCCAGGCCGAGGCUGCCGAGGCUAGACUAGCAGCGGAAACAGCUCUGGCCGAAGCUGCUGAGGCUCGGGAACGUGCGGGCACAGCGGAGGGGGAGUUGGAAGCGGUGCGGAUGGAGAUGGAGGGGUUGAGAGUGUCAGAAGCAGCAGCGAGGUCAGCAGCUGAAGAGGCCAAGACUGGGGGGUCAGUGCGGCUUGCGGCUAGUCUGUGGCGAGCUAGGGUGAAUCAAGGAAGCUUGGAACGCAAAUGGAAGGAGGGCGAGGAGAAACGGAGAGCCAAGGAUGCUGCCGCUGCCGCUGCUGCGGCCGAGGCUGCGGCAGCGGCAGCAGUGGCUGCUGCUGCUGCAGAAGCGGAGAAGGAUAGAGUGGUGGUGGAGAAGGGGAAGAUGGAGGCUGAGAUGUCUUUUAAGCUGGCUGCGGUUGAGGGAGAGUUGAAGACAGCUAAGGAUGCGGAAGGGGAGCUUCGGCUGCAGGUUAGGGCACUUCGCCGAACCUUGGAUGCUCUGGAAGGCGAGGUUCGGAAGUGGAGGGAGGAGGCUCGGAUCCGGAAGAAGCGGGUUGAAGAGGAAGCAGCGGACACUCUGAGGAAGUGGAGGGAGGCGUCUCUGCUUCGUGCUAUAAGGCAUUUCAUGAGUGCCGGUCAAUCAGGGCCGUCCUCUGCGGUUGCAACGCCGAUCAACGGUCCUGCUUCAGCGGCCGGGACUCCGCCUCCCUCGCUCAGGGCGUCUAUGGGGGUCCCUGCUCCGUUGCGCAUGAAGAGACCGGAGGGAGAAGGGAAGGGUAGGCGUGGAACGUCUGGUAGCAAGACUGGGUGGAGGAAGUCUGUGAUGGGGGGGUUUUUAGGGAAGAAAGCGGUGAAGAGUGAGGCGAACACCCCACGUGGAACGGACGGUCCCCAGAGUGCCGUUUUUUAG